CUGUGUUAGCACUCAAUGGGAAGGGAACCAAGGUCAGGCCAAGCGGGUCCAGACAUUGACAAAGAAUCUGAGAGGCAAGGCCAGGCUUUAUCCAGCCAUCAGCCACAAGGUUCAAACAGUGCAAGGAUGGAAGUCAAAGGUCAGCUGAUCAGCUCGCCUACCUUCAAUGCCCCAGCUGCCCUGUUUGGAGAGGCUACCCCACAGGUGAAGUCAGACCGUCUUCGAGGACUGCUUGACCGCCAGCGGGCCUUGCAAGAGGCCCUGAGCGUGAAACUUCAAGAGCUCAGGAAAGUGUGCCUGCAGGAGGCGGAGCUAACUGGUCAGCUGCCCCCUGAGUGCCCACUGGAGCCUGGUGAACGACCUCAGUUGGUACGCCGGAGGCCCCCUGCAGCACGUGCCUACCCUCCACCACACUCAAACCCAGCACACCACUCCCUGUGUCCUGCUGAGGAACUGGCUCUUGAGGCCCUGGAGCGUGAGGUGUCAGUGCAGCAGCAGAUCGCAGCUGCUGCCCGCCGCCUGGCCCUGGCCCCUGACCUCAACGGAGAACAGAGGCGGCGCAGGCGCCAGGUACAGGUUGAUGCACUUCGAAGGCUGCAUGAGCUGGAGGAGCAGCUCAGGGACUUCCGGGCCCGCCUUGGCCUCCCAGUGCUCCAGCCACUGCCACUGUCUGUAGGAGCACUAGUCAAUGCCCAGGGUGUCUGCCUGGGUACACGCCUUGCUCAGCUCAGCCAAGAGGAUGUAGUUCUGCACUCGGAGAGCAGCUCCCUCUCAGAGUCAGGGGCCAGCCAUGAUAACGAGGAGCCUCAUAGCUGCUUCCCUCUAACGGAGCGCCCCUCACCACCAAAAGCCUGGGACCAGUUUCGGGCAGCAUCUGGGGGGAGCCCUGAGCGACGCGCCCCAUGGAAACCUCCACCAUCAGAUAUUUAUGGGGACCUAAAGAGCCGGCGCAACUCUGUGGCCAGCCCCACCAGCCCCACACGCUCGCUGCCCAGGAGUGCCUCCAGUUUUGAGGGGCGAAGUGUGCCUGCCACCCCUGUCCUCACCCGGGGCAGUGGCCCCCGGCUCUGCAAACCCGAAGGCCUCCAUUCUCGCCAGUGGUCCGGUAGUCAGGACUCCCAGAUGGGCUUUCCUCGGCCUGACCCUGCUUCGGAUCGGGCCUCCCUCUUCGCAGCUCGUACCCGCCGCAGCAAUAGCUCUGAGGCCCUGCUGGUGGACCGUGCAGCUGCUGGGGGAGCUGGAUCUCCACCUGCUCCGCUGGCUCCCCCUGCUGCUGGUCCCCCAGUUUGCAAGAGCAGUGAGGUGCUGUACGAGCGCCCACAACCUGUCCCUUCCUUCUCUUCCCGUACCACUGGCCCCCCAGACCCUCCUCGGGCUGCCAGGCCUAGCUCAGCUGCCCCUGCAUCCCGUGGGCCCCCCCGGCUCCCACCUGUGUGUGGAGAUUUCCUCUUGGACUAUCCAUUGGACCGAGGCUUGCCCCGCGGUAGUGGCGGGGCAGGUUGGGGGGAGCUGCUGCCUGCUCCUGAGGUCCCAGGACCCCUUUCCCGCAGAGAUGGGCUUCUUGCCAUGCUCCCAGGUCCUCCACCCAUAUAUGCAGCUGAUGGCAGCAGCCCCCUCCUCCGCAGCAAGGACCCCAACACCCGUGCCAUCCGUUCCAAGCCCUGUGGCUUGCCCCCAGAAGCUGUGGAGGGUCUGGAAGUGCAUCCAAACCCAUUACUCUGGAUGCCCCCACCCACUCGGUUACCUCCAGCUGGUGAGCGAGGUGGCCACAAGAACCUUGCCCUGGAGGGGCUGCGGGACUGGUACAUCCGGAACUCGGGACUGGCCGUUGGUCCCCAGCGCAGGCCAAUGCUUCCGCACGUGGGGCCAACACACACACCCUUCCUCCAUGCCCGCUGCUAUGAGGUGGGCCAGUCACUCUAUGGCCCUCCCAGCCAGGCACCGCUCCCGCACUCCAGGAGUUUUACAGCGCCCCCUGUCUCUGGCAGAUACUACACGGAUUUCCUGUAUCCCCCGGAGCUGAGCGCUCGUUUAAGUGACCUGACGCUAGAGGGGGAGCAGUCUUCCAGUUCUGAUACCCAGACCCCAGGGACACUGGUCUGACCCUAAGCCCUGGGUCGGUCUGGACAAACUCCAGUCUGAGGAGCACACAGUCAACCUCGCUGAGCUCUGAGAUGUGGUUGCUCUUGGUCCUGAGGGACAACUGCCUGAUCUCACAGGACCCCUGGCUUCUUUUUGGCCCAGGAAGAUGUCUGAUACCCCUGCUUCUCUUCUCAUCCUGUGCUGGGGGGACUGGAGGGCCCCAGCUAGCUUCAAAGAGGGGGAUAAUGGUGUGGGGACUCUGCCCCUUCCUCCAUUUCUGUUUACAGUUUGUGAUUUAGUAUUCACUGUCUUUGCCCAACACUAGGUGUUUUAUAAAAGGGAAACUGUGAGCUCAUUCCUGGUUGGGUUCAUUCCUGUCCCCAUACCCAGUCUGUUCCAUUCCAGAACCACCACCAUGCCUCAACAAAAUGGACCAUAUAGAGUCUCGGGGCUGGGAGACCACUGGGAACAGAACUCCCUGCCUCCUCCCACUAGAGUCCUUGAGCAGAUGGGCUUCUGUCCACAUUUGGAAGGAUGGAAGUCUAAGUGGGGUACCUGAAGAAGCUAUGUCUCUGUCUCUGCCCAUAAGCCUCUGUGCUGACCUUCCGCAAUCAGAAGGCCAUACAAGAGGUUGUCAAGAAACAGAGCCAUUUGAGUAUGUUGCAUCCUGGGAUGCUGCAGUGGUUAAACCUGGCAACUAGUACAUGCCAGUAAAACCCUCAGGUGACAUCUGGCCAUGGGUCACAGGCCAUAUCAUAUCCUCCUUGGCAUUCCUUCUAUUUACCACUUUUUAAACAAAUCCACAUAAGCUGUGUUUUCUAUAUUGUCUGUGACUUUCUGGAGCUGGGGGUUCCCCUACCCCCUUUACCUGGUGUUUAAAUUUUUCUUUUUGUACCAAUGGAUCUGGGCCCAAGACACUACUCACACUGGAAGGGGAUUUCUAUAAUAAAUGUAUAAACUGAA